CGCCACCCAAGCUGGAAAGGCGGACGCGUUAAGAUUCCGCCAUUUUGAGUUAAUGGAAAAUAACUUAUAAAUACUAAAAUCAAGCAAGAAGAAAUUAAUGCGUACAUUUUACAGACAAAUCCGAGCAGCAGCAUAAUGGAGGACGAAACAUCUCCAGAAAAAUCUCCAGUCAAAGAUGUGAGUACCAGGACAACCAGGUCGUCAAAGGGCAAAGUUCAGGAACAAGAAUCACCUGUGGCAGGGUCAUCUAAAGAAGGAGGUCAGAGUUCAGAUGAGACAGCUGUCAUUGCAGACUUUCCAACCGCACCUGUUUUGCGUACAGAAAAAGAAAGAGCAGCCUGGGAAAAAUACAAAGAUCAGUUUCAGACUCUGUGUGCCGCCCUGAAGAAUGAAGGAGUUGACGUGAUGCUGGUCGCCAGCCCCGAUAAAGGCAGCAGUGUUACAAAAGCUGCUGAGAGUGACAAGAAAAAGUCUGCUGACAAAGAAAAGUCUGAAGAUGAUGAAGAUGAAGAUGAAACACUGCAAACAAAAAAUGAUGAGAGUGAAAAUGAAGGAGAAGAAACUGAGGAGAAGAUUAAGGAAGUCAAAAAAAGAGGAAGGCCCCCAAAGACACCCGCUAAAGUAAGUGAGGAAUCAGAUGGAAAUACAGAGGAGGCAAAGAGUAAGGAGACUAGAAAACGAGGCAGACAUCCAAAGGCACCUGUCAACCCCAGCGUAGAAUCAGACGAGGAUAAUAAAGACAUAGAGGAGGAGGAUACACAAGAAAAGAGAACACGAGGACGACCAAAGAAGACGUCUAAUGUUGAGGAGUCCGAGGAGAAAGAUGAUGAUGAUGAAGUUGAGAAUGAAGAUUCACAGGACACAAAAAAACUUGAUGAAAUUGUGAAAACUCCAGGAAAGGGUUCAGUUACACCUAAAGUGUCGGACACUGAGGUAAAGCGGGGUAGAGGAAGACCACCUAAAACACCAAAAGAAAAACCAGAAAAACCAGAAAAAAAUACAGAUUCCGAAAAAGUUGAUGAUUUCGAAAAAGUAGAAAAGAGAGGAAGACCUAAAAAAACUACCAAAGACAACCAGGACGAAGUUGAUAAAGAAAAACCAAAGAAAAAGCCCAGUAAAGGUACACCAGUACAUACACCCGCGCCACCGGUCAGUUCCAGAUCGGGACGGAUCAGGAAAACGCCUGCCAGGUACCUAGACUCAGCAGUCAUAGAAAUAUCAGACACGGAGGAGACUAAGAACAGUGAAUCCGAGGGAGAGGAGGAGGAAGGGGAGGAGUCAGGUGAAAAAUCUACAAAAGGCAAGCGAGGACGUCCCAGGAAAAUAUUAAUUAAAUCUGAGCCUAAUAGUGAAGCUUAUGAAAAGGCAGCAUUAAAGGGUGUAAAAGAGAAAGAUGAAGUUGAUGAUCAGGAUGGACAGCCCGCAGAACAUUCCUCUGAUGCUACAACUCCAAAAACAACUGAUAAAACAUCUGACAGUGUUUCCAAAGGGAAGCGUGGACGGCCACGUAAAUCUGGGGGAGUGGAGAAAGGGGAGACCAGCAGGAACGAUACACCAGCUAAGAGGAGUGGACAAGUUAAAAAGGAACCAAAUGACAAUGAUGCGGGUUGUGCACAGAAGAGGACAGUCAGAAAGAAGGAUAAUUUCAAAUGUGAGAACUGUGACAAAGAAUUUAUCCUGGAAUGUCUGUUAGAUCGUCACUUAAGGUCAUGCACAAAGAAAGCACCUAAAGUGAACAAGUCUAAAGAGAAAGUAACAGAUGGAGGAGACGGGGGCGGGGACAAGACCAUGGUCGUGUCAGAUACAGAGAAAAUACCAGCCACUGAGAAAGCAACAGACACGUCGGAUAUGGACGGAAUCGAAGAUUGUGAGGAAGCAGAAAAUAGUGACGAUGAAGCAGAAGGAGAAAUAACAAAGAAAAGGAAAAGGGAAGAAGAUGAUGAAGACAGUGAGGCUGAAGAGGCUAAAAAACCAAAAACUUCCGGAGACGACGAAUCAGAUCAGGAAAUUGAGGAAGGUUCUAAUGAAGUGUUUGAUUCUCUUUCCUUGUCACCAAAGAAAGCUGGUCGAGGCCGGCCGCGUCGACAGAUUUACAAGGAGGAUUACGAUGAUGAUGGUGACUUCUUACCUGACAGACUUAAGAAAGCUAGGAAAAAUGCCAUGAAAAAGUUCUCUCAGACAGAUUUGUUGUAUAUGCAGAUGAACAUUAACGACGAUGAAAUUGAGUGCAAGCUUUGCAGCAAAACUUUCAAGGAUGUGAAAUAUUUGAGACGUCACAUGACAAUCCAUGCAGGGAUUCGAGACUUUAAUUGCAAAAUCUGUAGAAAAAGUUUCAUGCGCAAAUACGACCUUCAUAUCCAUAUGAUCAGGGUACACUCUUGGGUCAAAACAGGUCGCGGAAAGAUCAAGACUGAGGAUGACCUUGAAGAAGGGGAGAUUACUCUAGAUACUCCAAAAUCUAAGAAGUUAGAAAGGACCUCUGAAGGUGACAGUGAAGGUGAUGGUGAUGGUGAUGGUGAAGGUGAUGCUGAUGCUGAUGCUGAAGGUCAUGGUCAAGGUCAAGGUGACGAUGCUAAUGUUGAAGACGUUGAAAAUAUUGACGACGAAGAAGAGAGUCAGGAAAAGGUUGAAGAGCGUCAAUUUUCAUGUGAAACCUGCGAAAAGAAAUUUCGUUUUGAAUCCUCAUUGAAAAUUCAUAUCCAGACACACACGGACACAAAGUCAUUUCUUUGUGAUUUGUGUGGGAAGGGAUUUUCCCUGGAGAAGUAUCUCUCCAAGCAUCGAGUGAGACACGAGAAGGAAGGUAUCAUCAGUGUGCAGGGAGAUAUCAAAGUGUAUAAUUGUCAGGUCUGCCAGAAAACAUUUGAAGUCCUGUCCGACUACCAGACUCAUAUGAAGUCGCACAAGGAUGAAAAUCUACGGACUUUCCAUUGUGACCAGUGUCCAAAAGGUUUCUUCAAACUUGCCCAUCUUAAACGGCACCUUCUCACUCACACGACUGAUCGCACUUACAAGUGUGCUUUGUGUGACAAGAGGUACAAAGAUCCUGACACUCUACGGAAACAUCAGAAAUGCGUUCACCAGGUUAAGGACGAAACGACUGGUGAGGUCAUGGAAAAAAAGGCUUGGCCUUGUGAUGAAUGUGGAAAAGUCUUCUUCAAUACUGGACAUUUGAAGAGGCAUAAGUUCCGUCACACAGGUGAGAGGCCAUUUCCCUGUGGAACUUGUGGGAAAUCAUUCGCAGAGAAGAAAAGUCUUGAAAAUCAUACUCGUAUUCACACGGGAGAUCGCCCUUAUCAUUGCGAGCAAUGUGGGCGAAGGUUUAUACAAAUGUCACAUCUCCGACGACACAAAUAUCUCCAUACUCAAGUCAGGAACUUUGAAUGUCCGCAAUGCAAGAAAAGAUUUUUCGAAAACACUGAUUUAAUGAAGCACAUUCGUGUUCAUAGCAACAUUCGACCGUUUAAAUGCGACCUCUGUCACAUGUCAUUUGCGCAAAAAAAUGUUCUGGUCUGCCAUCGACGACGUCACACGGGCGAGAAACCUUUCAUUUGUGACAUUUGUAGUCGUGCGUUUACACAACUCGGAUCUCUACAGACUCAUCGUCGUCUCCACACAGGAGAGCGUCCUUACAAAUGUCAGUACUGUGAUCAGGGCUUCGUCAGCAAGGAGCGGAUGAAGUUCCACUCGUUCGUCCACACUGGUAUCACACCACAUAUUUGUCAUAUCUGCGGGAAGGGCUUUCGACUCAAAUUCAAGCUCCAGAGUCAUAUUGACUCCCAUGAGGGUGUGUUCCGUCACAAAUGCCAGUACUGUGCCAAGGGUUUCCUAGAGCGCGCCAAAUUGAAUCGUCAUAUGAAGCAGGUACACAACGAGGACAGACAAAAGAGUCAGAUCUCCAUGUACGGAUAUAAAGGAAAUGUCGUUAAACUGGAACGUGCCUCGCAAAUGGAAGAAGUGGAAGGUCAUCAAGAAAUUAUCAUCCGUAAUCUUGGUCACUUUGACGGGAAGGACAACCAUUCUGAAGAAAUCAUCGAGACCACCUACGUUACAAUCCCCAACGAGCUGACGGAGGGUGAAGACCAUGAGACCGACAACGCCAUCUCACACAUCACCUUGGAUGCUAGCGAAGUCUCGGCUGCGACUGCCGCAAAUAUUGGAGCAUUGUUUGAUGGGACAACAAACAGUAUCACUAUCCCCCAGGACAGUAUUAUAUACGAGGGUGAGGGGGGCAAUAUCGGAGAGGAAGUGGUUUAUGUAGUCAUCCCAGAGGAAAACCAAACAGUAAUACUCUCUUAGUGAGAUAUAUAUAUAGACAGUGAACUGGGGCAUGAACAGUAAUACUCUCUUAGUGAGAUAUAUAUAGACAGUGAACUGGGGCGUGAACAGUAAUACUCUCUUAGUGAGAUAUAUAUAGACAGUGAACUUGGGCAUGAACAGUAAUACUUUCUUAGUGAGAUAUAUAUAGACAGUGAACUUGGGCAUGAAUAGUAAUACUCUCUUAGUGAGAUAUAUAUAGACAGUGAACUUGGGCAUGAAUAGUAAUACUCUCUUAGUGAGAUAUAUAUAGACAGUGAACUGGGGCGUGAACAGUAAUACUCUCUUAGUGAGAUAUAUAUAGACAGUGAACUGGGGCAUGAACAGUAAUACUUUCUUAGUGAGAUAUAUAUAGACAGUGAACUUGGGCAUGAAUAGUAAUACUCUCUUAGUGAGCUAUAUAUAGACAGUGAACUGGGGCGCGAACAGUAAUACUCUCUUAGUGAGAUAUGUAUAGACAGUGAACUGGGGCGUGAACAGUAAAACUCCCUUAGUGAGAUAUAUAUAGACAGUGAACUGGGGCAUGAACAGUAAAGACAGUGUUGUGAACAGAGUGGUGAAAUUUUAUUAAUGAUAUUAAAAUUGUUAUGUAUCGGUACGUAUACUAGUACAAUGUUUAAAGUAGAAUAUAUACGUGAAGGGAGAUAACUCAAACACAUGUCACCUUUUAAACAAAUUUAUUUCCUACCUACCCUUAUUUUUUCCGAUAUGUAACGGGAAACAAAUAUGUCUUUUGUUUGGCCUAGUUAUAAUAUGGUACUCCAAUCUGUGUCUCGUUACACUCUCCCCACUCAUAAUGUUGUUACAACAAGCGGGAUUUUUUUGAUUUUUCUUAACAAAAUUUCUAUCAUAUAUAUAUAUAUAGGUUCAAUAUUAAAAUCCAGCUUUUCAACUCAAUUGAAAUUUAUCUGAGGAAUUUAGCCGCCGAGCUGAUGAGGCUCCACAGUAUAGAUGUUGAACAAUCAACUCAUUCACCCCUGAAAUUUCAUGAUGAACUAUUCCAACCUUUGAACUGGAAGAGUUCAAAUGUGUUUUCAGGGAUGAAAGAUGUAUCAAGAUAACAAGACAGACAGUGUUACAUGAAAUAUUUGUGUUGUGUUUUAUGAUAAUGAGGUACAGUUUAUGAUAAUGAGGUACAGUUGUAUACUAUAAUAACAUUAAGUAUUUUUCGCUGAUGUACCCUGUAAUGUACAUAUUUGAUACAAAGUCAGUGAUGGGCUGGUGAUUGAUUAUGACCGAUCAUUGAUCUGUUUGCACUUUCCGAUUCCAAUUUUCUAUUAAAAUGUUUGUAAUUGAUACAUACAUGUAUAUAUACAAGUUUGCACUUCCUGUUUUUUGCUAUAAAAUUGAUAUGAUCAGUUUGUUACUGAACUCGAAUGUCAAAUGUAUACAUGCUAAGUAUUCAUUGAAAGUCGUUCAUGUUUACGAGUUUUGUUGAACGAUUGAUACUUAUGUAGAAAACUUCGUACAAGUUGCCUGUAAUCCGUUCAUUAUAAAAGACAACUCUGUUGAUGUAGAAUAGUGUUCUCACUUUAUCAUGGGUAUUUAGGACCGUAAGAUUAUAACAUAAUUAUGCAAUCGAUCAUCGAUCGGAUUACCACUUCUUAUAACAAACCGAUUAUCGAUCAUGAUUUUAAACUGAUUGUUAAUCACCAUAUAUAACAUAGCUUCCAUGGCUUCCAAUAUAUAUAUAAUUUUUUUUUCUUUCUAGAUAUUGAUAAAAUAAUAUGAAAAAGUUUUAACGCUUUUCUCCAAUGUGAUUUACAGUAUAUAUAAUGUAUCACAACCUACAGGACAACACAUUUAACAUCGGACACUGCGGACUACACUACAGAAAUCCUAGCUUCUCAUCAAAGUGUUCCACUAGCCUGUUGAAAAUUUGAAAGAAUAUGACAAGUUUUAAAUUCAAAUCUUUGUUCCGAAUUUUUUCAUAAGAAAGCAAUCAUGAUUUUACUUAGUUAUUGACAUUUUCCUGUUGUUUUCAAUUUGUAGUUUCAUUUUAUUAGUUCUGGAGAAAUUUAAGUUUAUAAAUUAAAAACAUGUAACAUAAUAAAGAAAAUCGGGUUGGGCGAGUAAGAUCAGGAAUACAGUACGUUCGCUGGUAUCAAAUAUCAUAUAUUUAUUAUGUAAAAUCAUCAUAUUUCUGGGAUUUGGGGUCUUUUUUCCCCCAGGAAUUUUAGAUUGUUUCAAAAAUUGUGCUUAAUUAUUGACUAAUUGUUGACUUGACAGAUGUCUAUGUUGUAUUGAUGAGAUUUCUUGCCAAGGGAGACAAUCACUCUGAUGUGUCACCUACAUAAUAUGAUCACUGUUGUACGUGUACCGUAUAAUGAGAGAUCAGACUUUUUUUUCACACAUUUAUUCAAAAAGAAAUCUUUUUAAAAUUGGCAUUUGUUUAAUUGUAUUUCAAUAGAUAUUUAAAGAUUUUAAAUAUAUUUUUACGAAUGUAAUACAUGUAAAUGUUCAUCAACACUUGUACCCAAGUACAAACUUGUAUUUAUGGAAGUUUCUUGUGCUCUGUUCUUUAUGACAUAUAGUGUACAUUGUUGUACAUAAAUAUACUGGGGCCGCGAUGGCAAAGUGGUUAAGCCGUCUGACAUUCUGCUUCCACUAGCCCUCCACCACUGGGUCGUGGGUUCGAGACCUACGUUAGGCAGCAGCCAGGU